AUGGAUUGGUUUAGUGGUGUAGUGAGGGCUGAAUCCGAUAAGAUAUAUGGCGUUCAGGAAGAAUAUAUGCGAGACGAUCGGCUUAAUAAAAUCAACUUAAGUAUUGGUGUUUACAGGGAUGAGAGGGGACAGCCAUUCAUCCCUCCGAGUGUAGCCAAAUGCGAGCGAAGGCUUAUAUCGGAGAAUCCUUGCAAAGAAUACGCGCCCAUCGAAGGGUUCGCCGACUUUCGCCAAACUGUCGCCAAAUUUAUGUUUGGAGACACCAGUGAUGUCAUAGCACUGGCACGACAUGCGACAGUUCAAGGACUCGGAGGCACUGGUUCUUUAAGAAUAGGCGCCAUAUUCUUGUAUGAAUUCCUUUCCCACAGCAAAAGGGUUUACAUACCGGAGCAGACCUGGAGUGCACACAAUCAGGUGUUCUCUCAUUCAGGUUUUCAAGUCAAUCAUUACAGAUAUUGGGACUCAAGAACUUUGACCCUCGACUUUGAAGGCCUUAUUCAAGACAUGGAGAAUAUGGCCGAGUAUUCAGUGGUGGUAUUGCAUGCAAUCGCACACAACCCUACCGGAGUUGAUCCCACGUUAGAUCAAUGGAAACAAAUGAUAGAUAUAAUGAAAAGGAGAAAUUUAUUUGCAUUCCUCGACUGCGCGUAUCAGGGAUUCGCUUCGGGAUCUGUUGAGGAGGACUCUCGAGUCGUUAAGCUAUUCGCUGAGCGUAUGAAUCAAGUGAUGAUUGCGUUGACAUUCGCUAAGAAUAUGGGUCUCUAUGGGGAGAGAAUCGGAGCCUUAAGUGUUGUCUGCCGUUCA